AUGGAAGAAGAGCAUAACAGUAACAGCGCACCCCGAGCGGUGGCGCCUGUGCCUCGGCCCUUGCGCUUUUACAAGGCAUACCAGGGCCGAAAAACGGGAGGGGAAAAGAUACUUGAUGAAACCGCAGGCCUGGACAUGUCGAUGCAGGGCCUGCGGAUGCUAUCGCACAAAAUAGCAAACUGGGACACGCUGACCACGCUGUGCCUGUCGUACAACAGAAUAUCCGAGAUUCCGGAAGAGCUGUGCAAGCUGACGUGCCUUACCGUGCUGGACUUGUCGCACAACCGAAUAAAAAAAGUUCCAAAGGAGCUGGGAAGGCUGCACAGCCUGAGAGAGCUCAAGCUGGGGAGCAAUCUGCUGUCCUCGGUGCCGCUGGACUUUGGCAUGCUGUACCAAAUGGAAAGACUGGACCUGGACGACAACCCUUUGAUUGGGCAAAUACAGGCGGUGUACAACACGUCUGGGGGCCUGGGGGUGAUCCGGUACUGCAGAGACAACGUGGCAAUGAACUUCCCCUACUGGGAGAGAGAGUGGAUCUUCGCCCUGCAGGACGAGAGCACCGUGCGAGAGUACAACGAAACCAUUACUGUAGCCACAUACAACAUUUUGUGCCCCACAUAUGCAAGCAGCCAGAGCUUCUCGUAUGUUCCUGCGUGGGCUUUGCAGUGGGAGGCAAGAAAGCCCACGAUUCUGCAGGAGGCAACCUCGUAUGGCGCAGACAUUCUGUGCAUCCAGGAAAUGGACACGGGGAGCUACUCCGACUACUUCCGGGACCAGUUCAAGGCGCGCGGGGACUACGACUCGGUUUUCUACCAGAAGUCGCGCGCGCGCACCAUGGUGGAGGGAGAGAAGCGGAUGGUGGACGGAUGCGCAACCUUUUGGAAGGGCUCGUUUUUCCAGCUGGUUGAGCACCGGUGCAUAUACCUGUCGCAGCUUUUCCCGCAGAAGACGAUUUCAGAGCACGAGCACAUUGCAAAUAGAUUUCUAAGCAAGGACAACAUAGGGCUGAUAGUUGUGCUGGUGCGGGAGGGGGAGAAGCACACCGUGGUGGUGAACACGCACAUCCACUGGGACCCCGAGUAUCCGGACGUGAAGACGCUGCAGGGGAUUAUGCUUCUGAAGGAAAUAGACACUAUUAUGAAUCGGUAUCCGCAGGCCGAGCUGGUGAUUUGCGGAGACUUCAAUUCCCUUCCAAACUCGUCCCUGUACGAGAUGUACUCGAGCGGAGUGCUCAAGCCCAACAGCAAAGACCUGAUGAACCUUUCGUACGAGCCGUACAGCAAUAAAGGGUACUCGCACAGCUUGGGGCUUUCGGAAAGCUACUCUUUUGUAAAUAUGGGCUUCACCAACUGUACCCCCGGCUUUUCGGGCGUUAUCGACUACAUCUGGUACAACAGCAGGCUAAAGCCUGUGUGCUCGCUGGGGCCAAUUGACGAAGAGUAUGUAUCUAAAAUUGUAGGUCUUCCUACGCACCACUAUCCUUCCGACCACCUUAUACUUGUGACACAAUUUAAAUGCAAAGGCGGGCCCUGGAAGAGUAAUAUGAAUAAAUAG